UGUCACUUUUUAGUAAUUUAUGAGCCAUUUCUUCGAACUAUCAUACAAAGAAUUAAAUUCUGCCAGUCUAAAAUAUCCAAUGCCGGAUACAUUCAUCCAUUUAUUUUGCACCGCAAAAAUGUGUCAAAGCUCGUGAUAGAUCAACGAAAUGUGUUUUCAGUUGCCGAUGGGAUACAUGUGUUACAUCGUUACAAUUGAAUGAAAUGUCUUCCCUGAUACAGAGAACAUAUGACGUCAAACAAAACCCGUUCGGAGCACAAAAAUGGAGCUUAGGAGAAAAAGAAAGCCAAAAACUCAGGAGGCGUCGUCCGCGGUUCAUUACAGAUUGUCACAUUCCAAGAAUUUCUCGAAAAUAUCAACGAACUUUUCAAAGAUUUAUCAAACGAAGCCUCACAAUCAAAGUAAAAGUGUCCGUUGCUGUUGCUCUUGUACUCUUAACACUAAUCAUCGCCGUCGUCGUUGUUUGUUUUAUUUUACCAUCCAACGAAACCACCGAAGAUGAAAAACAUUGGCUGCCUGAAUUUAUAUCGAGUUCUAAAUUGGGAAAAUAUGACACAGCGGCUGUUUCAACAGAUGCAGCACCAUGUGCUGUUAUUGGAAAGUAAGACUCACCUAUUUGAUGAUAUAUUUUAUUGCCGUAUCACUCAUCUGUUAUUUCAAUUACUCUGACUUUUUAUUCCAUAAAUUCAAGGAAAAAAUUUAAUUUUCAUCGAAGUAUUUGAUUUUUUUAAUUCUGUGAAUUUAAUAAUAUUCUAUUCGAUAUCAAAUUAAUCAUAAUUGAUAUUUUUAAUUGCUGGCCGUAAUUUCUUUUGAGAAUUCACCCACUACUGUUCGAAAAAACAAAACAAAUCAAACCGGAAGUCUUGCGUUCCUCCGUUGACGUCAUAUCAGGACGUCGUAGCAACGCAGAUUAGUGUAACUCAAUUCAUUUCUAUCAGCCAGAGGAAAUAGUAAAUGCCUCUUAUUGUACUGCCAUCUGUUGAUAAUCGAGAGAACCACUGUCGGAAAUAAAAUGAAUAGUUAUUUGCCUUGUAAAUCUCAUC